CAGUACAGAGUACGAAUACACCUACACAGUGGUUGUAAAAAGUUUGUGCAUUCUGUGAUUUUAAAAUUCUAGUCAGUGGUAAGAGAAAGUAUUUCAUUAUUAUAUUUUAAAGAAUGGCUCCUUACAAAAUUGUGAUGGUUCGUCACGGCGAAUCAGAAUGGAAUGAAAAAAACCUCUUCUGCGGCUGGUUCGAUGCUAACUUGAGCGAAAAAGGUAAACAAGAAGCCGUAAAUGCUGGUAAGGCCCUGAAAGACGCCAGCUACAAAUUUGACAUCGCUUACACUUCAGUGCUUACCAGGGCACAAAACACUUUGCAGGCCAUCCUAAAGGAGAUAGGUCAAUCGGACUUGGAGACGGUUAAGACUUGGCGCCUCAACGAGCGACAUUACGGCGGUUUGACGGGCCUCAACAAGGCCGAAACUGCCGCUAAGUAUGGGGACGCCCAAGUGGCCAUCUGGCGGCGCAGUUUCGACGUGCCUCCACCCCCAAUGGAGCCUGAUCACUCCUACUAUGAAACCAUCGUCAAGGAUGGGAGGUAUGCCAAUGGUCCAGCUCCUGAUCAGUUUCCCAAAUUUGAGUCCCUCAAGCUCACUAUUGAGCGUACUCUGCCGUUUUGGAAUGAUACCAUAGUGCCUCAAAUUAAGGCUGGGAAGCAGAUUUUGAUUGCUGCUCAUGGAAAUAGUCUGAGGGGUAUUGUGAAGCAUUUAGAUGGAAUGACUGAUGAUGCAAUCAUGCUACUGAAUCUUCCUACUGGUAUUCCUUUUGUGUAUACCCUGGAUGAAAACUUGAAGCCCAUCAAGAGUCUAGAAUUCCUAGGAGAUCCAGAAACUGUCAAAAAAGCAAUGGAAGCUGUCGCCGCUCAGGGAAAAGCCAAAUGAACUUGACAUUUUUGUGUCAGCAAAUAGUGGGAAAAAAAUAAUUAAAAAUUGUCAUUUCUCCCACUAAAGAAUGGAGUAACUUUGAAAAAGUAGGAAAAUGUAUUUAUUCAAUGUCCUCAUCUUCAAUUAGGAAAUUGUAUUUAGAGUGUUUUUAGAUCUAUGGUCCUUAUUUUAAGGAAUAUCCAGGUGUCAAACAAACAUAAGAGGAACAAAAUAUAAACAAAUCUAAUAAUUUAUAAUGAUAAAAACACUUUUUUUCAAAAGCUGUGAAAUCUUGUGAAUUAUUAAUUACCUAAUUCCAUUACACAACAGGAGUUAACAAAUAUGCAAACAUUGAGAUAACUAACGCCUACUAAUUGAAACAUGACCCUAAUCAACGCCCAAUCACUUAUCGAUCCUCUUCCUCACUUUCUGAACCCUCUUGUUAUUCCCAUUGGCCUUGUCCUUGUCCCCCUUUUCCCCCUGGGACUGCCCCGCUAAGAAAUUGGACACCAUGUCCGACAUCUCUGGCAACUCAAACUUGGCCAUGUUCUGGAUCUGCUCCAUUUCCUUCUUGGUCUCCGGGUCGUUCAUCAUCUUCGGGAGGACCAUGACCAGCAGCAGGGGCAGCACCAUCAUCAGGACCAUGGGGUUCAUCACUAUGUCGGCGAUGCGCCAUUGUUCGCGCAGCUGGAAGGGGCCAUACUUGAAGUCAAACGUGCUCCAUUAUAUCUACGCCGGUAACCAGGCCGGAUUUGUUGAAUAAGAGUAUAUAUAUAUGAUCCAAUCUUAUGAACACUGAUGACUUGGCUUCAAGCCAUUUGUGAUA